AUGAAAAAUCUAAGAGAGUCACUGUUCUUUAUUACAGAUGGAGCCAAGCCCAAACCAAAGUUUGUGCCAAACAUCUCUGCACCAAAGAUGCCUGAUGGCGAGAAAGUGGAUUUUGAUGAUAUACACAGGAAGCGUCAGGAGAAGGACCUGUCUGAGCUCCAGUCUUUGAUCGAGUCUCACUUUAUCCAGAGGAAGAAGGAAGAAGAGGAGCUCAUCAGUCUCGUCAACAGGAUUGAGAAACGUCGCGCAGAGAGGGCAGAGCAGCAGAGGGUUCGUGCAGAGAGGGAGAAGGAGAGGCAGGCCAGGGUUGCGGAGGAGAAGGACAGGAAGGAGGCAGAGGAUCAGCGUAGGAAGCAGGAUGAUGACGCCAAGAAGAAGAAGGCUCUCACCAACAUGACCCACCAGUAUGGAGGUAUCCAGCAGAAGAGUGAAAACCGCAAAGGAGCCAAGAAACAGACAGAGAGAGAGAAGAAGAAAAAGAUUCUUGCUGACCGAAGGAAACCUCUCAGCAUCGACCAUCUGAACGAGGACAAACUCAAGGAGAAGGCCAGUGAGAUGUGGCAGCGGAUGAUGGAGUUGGAGGCAGAGAAGUUUGACCUCAGUGAGAAACUCAAGAAACAGAAGUAUGAUAUUAACCAGCUUCUCACCCGGGUCCAGGACCACCAGAGCGCCAAAGGUCGAGGCAAGAAGAUGGGCCGUGUGAGGUAAAGGAGCAGCCGCCAUGGUCGAGGGCAGACAGCCGUGACUGGCGAUCGGCCCAUGAUGAUAAUGUGUCUGUAUACGUGUUGAUAAACACAUUUGAUGUUUAUUGUUCCGUCUGGUAUAACAGCAGACUGGAUCACAAGUCAAUAAAUGACUCAUUCAA